CCCGUCUCUCCUCCUCCUCGCCCCCCUCUACUUGUAUCCAGCGCCCGCCAAGCCCCGCGGCCGCAGCGCAGCACAAACGCAAACCGGCCACCGCCCCCGCUCGCCGCCCCAUCUCCUCUCCGAUCCAACCCCGCAGCAAAAACCCUAGAACCCGAGCCCCAAGCGACCCCCUUCCUCCUCGUCGAAGCCUUCACCUGCGUGGUCGUGCGGCGGCGGCGGGAGUUCCACCGGGCCGUGGAGGAGGCGCCGCGGCGCGCGCGAUUUCGCCCAGAUCCGAGCCAGGCGAGCUUUAUCGGGGGGCCUCGUGUUGCAAUUCCGCGGGUGGGUGAUCUCUGCAAUAUUUGUUGAGUCUGAAGUCAAGGACUGUUUUGAUGGGUCCAGCUAAAGGUUCUCGAAUGAUUAACAAGACUAUAAUAAAAGGAUAUGAGGAUCAACAGCAGCACGAGGAUCCACCUAGUUCAAGCAAGGCUAAACAAAAAAAGAGGAAAAUUUCGGACUUAGAUCCCAAAUGGAGCAAGGAUGAGCUUACACACUUUUAUGAAGCUUAUCGUCAACACGGGAAAGACUGGAAAAAGAUCAGCUUAGUGGUGGGCGGUAAAUCAUCAGACAUGGUGCAAUCUCUAUACAGUAUGCAUCGGACUUUCUUGUCUCUUCCUGAACAUCAAGCCACUGCCAUGGGAUUCAUUGCAUUGGUGACUGGCCAUCACAAUGUUUCAGAUGAAUCCGCAAAUCAUAGAGUAGGUGAUCAAAUGGUUAGAGCAUCUGGAAAGGCACGGAAACAUGGAGAAGUUACACAACAGAAAGCAAAUGAAGGGUCUCACCCACACAACUCCUGUCAUGAAGGGACAAUUUCUGGAUUUUCAUCUUCCUUCAAAAAAAGAUACUACGGAGAACUGGUCAGGAACAGCCGAAGUCGUGCUGUUGGGAAGCGUACUUCUCGCAUACCAGUUAUUGUUCCUACAGACAGGAACACUACUGAUGAUGCCACACAAGAAACUGAAAACGUCAUCAAUUCUACCAAGAGAAAAUAUGAAGAGAUCAAUAAUGAUUGCACUAACUUUCUGAAGAAUGAGUGCUCUCCAGACGGAAGUUCUGGAAUCACGGAAGCAAAUAAAGCUGAUCAAGGUCAGAUUUUCUUGGAUACCAAAGUAACUGGAGACACUGCGAUAUGUCAGUCUCAGCAACGUUUGAAAACGAUAAGAAUUCAGCUUCAGAAAACUAUGGAUGAAGGUCAAACCGGUAAAGUUGAGCAUGAAACAAUGAUGGCGGCUAAAAAAGGGAAUAAACUUGUUGAUUCACUCAACCAACAUCAGAUACUUAGCGACUUUAUUUCUGAAGAAGAUAUGUUGGUCUUAGAUGUAUUGCAGAGUAUGGUGAAUGCACCCUCUAAAAUGUCAGAACUAAAGAUUAACAUUCCUUCAGGUUCACUUGGAAAAACCAAUUCUGCAUUAUCUCGCAGAAGUAAGGAAGGCCAUUCUCCCAUGGAUCUAUCUAAACAAGGGAAGCCUGGUAAAUCCAGUGCUUCCAAGGCUAGGCAGAAAAGGCAUAAGAAAUUAUUAGAUGCAGAGGUGCCUGCUGAAGCACAAAACAUUUCUGUUAAUAAUUCAGUUCUGCCAGAAGCACAUAGGGUUGGCAUCACUGAGGUUUCCUCCUUGUGUUCUGACUCUGGAAGAGGGGAGCCAGAAUUAUCUGCAGAUAUUUCUGCUAAAGUGUACCCCAAUGCACCAGCAGAAAUCAAGCCUGAAAUUAGAAUAUCAAGAAGGACAAAAAGAAAAUCCAAAAUGCAUUGCAAAACAAAGUAUGUGUCAUGCAAUGAAGGUUCGGAUAAUUUACAGACAAAGGAAUUGCUGCACUGUUUGUCAUCUGAAUCGCUUCGUAGAUGGUGUACGUAUGAGUGGUUCUACAGCGCAGUUGAUUAUCCAUGGUUUUCAAAUAAUGAGUUUGUUCACUACUUAAAUCAUGCAAAUUUAAGUCAUGUGUCAAGGCUGGCUAGAUCUGAGUGGAGCACAAUUCGAAGUUCUCUUGGCAAACCCCGGCGAUUUUCUGAUCAUUUUCUGGCUGUGGAAAAAGAAAAACUUGAGGACUAUCGGGAGAAAGUUAGAAAAAUCUAUGCUCAACUAAGUGAUGGUUCGCGGGAUUCUCUACCAGCAGACCUAGCUAGGCCAUUUUCAAUUGGUCAGCAGGUCAUCGUUUGCCACCCAAGUUCUAGAGAACUUUGUGAUGGCAAAGUGGUGAUGAUGGGGCGGGAUUUUUACAAGGUCCAUUUUGGCAACCCUGACCUUGGUGUUGAUCUUGUAAAGGACACUGAUUGUAUGCCCGUUAAUUGGUUGUAUAAUCGUCCUGACAACAUAAGGAGCUAUCUUUCAAGUAAUGCGCACAGCAUACUGGACGUGGAGCGUAUUCCUGGGCUUGCAUCCAGUGAUAAUUGGGACCAAACUGUAAAUGGAGUUACUGUACCUACGCCCAAAAGGCUGUGGUUAACAUCAGAUAAACAGCUUAAGGUUCUCUCCAGAGUUGAGUCUGCAGUAAACGGUGAAAGGCCAGCAUACAAGAGUACAUCUGAUGGUACUGUAAAAUCUAGAGGUCGCGCAGACAACAUUGUUGGUCACAAUGAUGAGCUAGAGUCAUAUAUAUCUGCAUUUGUCCAAAGAUCGCUAUCACAAGCCAGGCAGAUGGUUAACGAAGCCAUGCAGGCGAACUCUGAAGGUAGUGAUGAUAAAGAGGUAGGCACGUCGAAUCAAGCAACAGAUUAUAUAGGCCCAGAAUCUGAAGCUGAUGUUGGUGAUGCCCAACUUCCAUCUAACCUGAUAUCAAACUGCAUCGCGACAGUUCUUUCAAUCAAGCGCCUUAGCGACUCGCGGCAUCCUCCUGCUAACAUAGCAGGUGUCCUGGAGCGUGCUUCCUCAAUGCUGCAUCCAAGCUGUCCGGAGAACCUCGCAAUCUACAAAGACAUAGAGAGUUAUCUCUCUGUCAUAGCGAACCAGAUACUUGCGCUUGUGCCAACAACAUUGGGCAAUGGUCCUGCCUUGUCGUACCUGUGACGGCCCCGGCCAGAUAGAUUUUCCACUAAUUUCUUCCAGGCCCAGCAGUCGAACACGCUACUUCCUCUGUUGUUAGUUCAAAACGCACGGGUUUUGCUGCCGUCUGACUGUGACUUGAUGUUAUGGAGAAGUCAUGUUGAAUGGCAGCAAAGCAUAGCAUAUGCGGCGUUGGAUCAUUGACUAUGUAGCUCCCUUGUAACCUGUGUAUAGACUUGCAUGAAUAGGUUAUAGAUCUUUCAGCUUUUGUAGUCUGGUUUUUGUCAAAUACAGAUUCAGGAUAGCGGAGUAGUCUGGUAUUUGUCAAAUACAGAUUCAGGAUAGCGGAGAUCAUCUGACAUUGUAGUGAAUAAUGUGAUGUCUAAUUUGAUAGAAUAAUAUCUUGUUUUUUGUAGACCAUGAUAGGAAAUUUAUGUAUUAAAGUUAGGGAGGCAGGACCCCUUCACUAUGAUACGUCGUGCGACUUUGUUUGCAUUUUAUUUUUGGAGGAAGUUAUUGUACACUACAAUCUAAAGAACUUUAUAGACAGAGAGAUAACUCCGGAAAUAAGAUUCGGUAUCUUUCAUUGA